AUGACGACGCUGCAAGAUUUGCUUACGGCGGAUGCCGUCCAACUGGAUGAUGUCUUUGACAUCAACGACUUUACGUUGGCCACACCAUGGGAAGAAUUUAUUGCCGAGCUUGAAAGAUUCUUCCGUCAUGUGGCGGAGGAAAAGCAUGGUUUUCAGAAGAAGCUCAACUUUCGCGGUCGCGACUUUAGCCUCCAACUUUUCGUGCUCAGUGACACCCUCCCAGAGUCACCGCACCGCACGGAUCGCCAGCUCUUGCGCAGCCUGAAACAAUGUGCUGGAGUGGUUUCGCCGGUGGCCCGAGCCAUUCUGUCUCAGUACUUUGACGUGCCCAUGGAGCUGCAUCCCAUUGCUGCACGUGUCGGGGUGACAUCCUUCGUGCUCCUAACCCCAAUGGCCUCCAAGUACUCGAGCAAGGCACGCAGUUGUGAUGAUCCUUGCGCGAGCUCUCCAAUUGGCGAGACUCGCGAUGGCACCUUUUUGGGUGCACACCAAGGAACGGCAGCGGUGAUGGACAUGUCUUCGACCAUGCUGCCCUCGGUUCCACCCGCCUUUGCUCAACUCGACGGUCUCAUGCGCCUCUUUCGUUCCAAGUUGCCAGCGACCGGCACGGAUGUGCAGUGCUCGAUCUCUGUCUGCCACCAUUACGUCAUCCGGCGAUGUGAAAGCAAUCCUCUGCUCAAGGCAUCAGCUGUCCAGGGAGCAUUUGCGCAGCAACUGACACUACCAUUCGGGGCUCGCACGGAUCUUUUGCAAUCCAUUGACGUGCGUACGGUCUGGCCAUGUCUGAAAGAGUCAAGCGCCGUGGAAAACGCAGUCUACUCGUCCCUGUCACCUCUGUCAGCGGCUAUUUGGCACCUUGGCUUUCAACUUCAAGAGCCGGCCGCAGGCUAUACUGAGUCCAUGCUGCUGAAGCUUCUUCGCGUCCUUCCAGAUACCACCAUCCUCCUCAAUCUCAUUGAGGAACAGGCGGCUGCCGAGGAAAGUCUGGAUGGGCCCCAGUCUGGCAAGGAUGCACUCAAGAGACUGACGAAGGAGCCACUCUCGACCGAUGGCUUGCUCCAAAAUGUCCGACGUGUCCGCCAGGUUGGACAGUCAGGCAUUGUCAACUUGGGCAACGCCGUGCAGGCUGCCGUGUUGCAAAACCUACGCACUCGACGUCAGCGCACACGCCGUGUGAGUGACCAGUCACGCAUUUUUGAGAUUAAUUUGGACGAUUCUCUCGCCACCACAUUUGUGCGUGGGGAUGUCAACUACACGGGCAGCGGCAUCCGGCUGGGUCGUGGAGCCCCGGUCGAUAGCUUGACCUAUCAGCUCGGCCUACAGCUGGCUGCCUUUUACUUGUAUGCUGGAGGCUUGCAAAGUCUCGCCACGCUUUGGCACGAGAUUGUUCUGGAGCUACGCUACCGUGUCACAGAGCGCGUUGCUCUCCCAAGCAUUGAGGGUCAUCCUGAUUUUAAUGCAUGCCUGAUUCACCAAAAGCUUCAGCUGAUCAACUACUGUAUUCAAAGACAACAAAAGGUAGCAGAGGCGCGAGAGAAGCACCAGUCACAUGCCACUCAGUCCCGAACCGAGACAGAACCAGAGCCGGUGGCCGCAGGCACAGCCUCUGAUGGCGAGGACGAGUUCCAUGAUGCUUCAGACUCACCUCACGAGGUUAUAGCUGCUGCCGAGGCAGCCCGCGAGCCCGUGGGCGUGGCCGAGGAACACGCAACGCUGAAGUUGCUUGGCAGUGGCGCUCCUCUGCGGGUGCCAGAGACUCAAGAGCCGGGACCGCUGACGGAGGACGUUUUCAAGGCCAAGCAAGAGGAGCUGGUGGCCAUGGGUAGCUCCGCAACAGCCCAGGAAGCGCGUGCACACUUGCAGUCUCUGUCGCUGAAGUCGGACAUGGAGGCUUUCAAGGCCGCUAAUCCUGGGUGCCAGCUAGCCGACUUUGUUCGCUGGCACUCACCCAAAGAUUGGAUCGUAGAGGAGGGACACGAUGCUACAGAAGGUCGGCUGAGCAGUCGUUUUGAGGGCGCGGAUAAUAUCUGGUUGCGGGCCUGGGACGAGGCAGCUCCAGUUCCCGUCUUUCGGCAGCGACAGCUGUUUGAUUCCACGCGUGAAGCCGAAGACGCUCUUCACUACCUCGAGCGUAUCAGCGUGGGCGAGUUGUUGAGUCAGCUCUUCCCCUGUAUCUUGGAUCACAGCCUUGCCACAGUUCAAGAACUGACCGGGGCACGCAACGACUUGACGUCGGAUGUUGCCGCUUUACUACAUGCCAGUGCUGGCUGCUGUGAGCAAUGGGAUGUUGAUCGUAUUCAGGAACUGAUUCAGCGAAUUGGUCAGUUGGAGCGCGCCGUGUCUGUCUAUGAGGGCCUCAAGCAUCGACUUGCGCAAACCUGCAGCGUACAGCAGGCCGAUCAGCGCGAGGCACUUUGGGAGCUCAUGCAAGAGAUGGACCGUAAGGAGCCCUGUCUCGAGUCACGGGAAUACUUGAUUCGCGGCCUGACUUCGCCAAGCGGUGGCGCCAGCUCUGCGCUACCGCAGCGCAUGUAUGCGAAGAUCACUGACAAUGGCUUUCUGCUCUCUGGUGCAUUUUGCACGGAUGCUACGGCACAACUCGUCACGUCAACAUAG